AUCCGCUAUGUGCCUUCCUCUAUUAACUGUUUGUUGGUUUGUCAUCUAUAGAGAGCGAAGCGUGCGUUCGUCGUGUCGCCCCGUGAAACAUGUCGUAAACCUGUUGCAUUUUCAUCGGAUUACCAGCAGAAGCAAUUAGAACAAAGACCGUGCGAAAUGCCAGGAUUCGAGUGUGCCGUGCAAAUUACCAGUUGGCCAGGUUGUGUUUCAAAUUAGUUUUCUGCGUGGUUUUGUUUAUGCCUCGCAACCACUCUUCUGCAUUCAUCCCUAUUCCCCUCGUUUUUGUUGUUAUUGUUGUCGUCUUCAACACUUUUCCCGAAUACGAAAGCCUACAAUUAGUUUUUUCCAUUUUCUGCUUCAGUUUGUUGUUUGCACACUCUCAUAAAGUAGAGUCAAGUUUUUCGGAUACGAAUAUACACAUUCACGCACACUAAAGAGUGCGAAUGAAAGAUGGGAUUACCACUGUCCAAGUCGGAACCAGCACCCCAACAACAACAGCUCAACACCACGCAACAAAGUCAGAUUCAUGACAAGCCGGAAAGUGCGCUUAGCAAACACCAUGCCAGACAAGCGAGCAUCAGGAAGAAGCAGCCCAUGCCCGAUGCAGAUGAACUGGAGAAGAGAUUCACCAGAGUUCUCGCUUCCAUGGAUUUGCCUCCAGACAAAGCGAAGCUUCUCAAGAAUUAUGACUUCGAGAAAAAAUGGGACAUUAUAUGCGACCAAGAAAUGGUUCAUGCCAAAGAUCCGCCUUCUCAUUACCUGAACAAACUGAGGACGUACCUGGAUCCGAAAGCUUCGAGGAGUCAUAGGAAACGAAAGAUGGUCGGUGAAUCAACAUCAACGCAGGUUCUCAGAGAUUUAGAGAUAUCGUUACGCACUAACCAUAUAGAAUGGGUGAGGGAGUUCUUGGAUGGUGAGAAUCUGGGUUUGGACGUGCUUAUAGAUUACCUGAACUUCCGGUUAGGCAUGAUGAGGCACGAGCAACGCAUCGCGGAGUUCCGGUCCGAAUCUGAGGAGCAACUGAAUCACACCAAUAACACGACAAUUACCACGAUGGACCGGACGUACAACGGAUACAUCCGUCCUCCUUUGGACGUCACGGACAGUCCGAGCAUCAAGCGACGCUCCAAGCAUGUCGCCAAAUUGAAUAUGGGAGAAUCGAAAGACGACAUCCACGUUUGCAUAAUGUGCAUGAGAGCCAUCAUGAACAAUAAAUACGGCUUUAACAUGGUUAUACAACACAGGGAAGCGAUCAACUGCAUCUCACUGAGCUUGAUCCACAAGAGCCUGAGGACGAAGGCUCUGGUUCUGGAACUGCUGGCGGCCAUCUGCCUGGUCAAAGGAGGCCACGAGAUUAUCCUGUCCGCUUUCGACAACUUCAAGGAAGUGCUGAAAGAGCGCUACAGGUUUGAAACGCUGAUGGAAUACUUCCUCAAUCCGGAGCUGUUCCAUAUUGAAUUCAUGGUGGCCUGCAUGCAAUUUGUGAAUAUAGUCGUUCAUUCGGUGGAAGAUAUGAACUUCAGAGUACAUCUUCAAUACGAAUUCACCGCACUUAAUUUGGAUGACUACUUGGAGCGAUUGCGACACACCGAAAGCGAGGAGCUUCAGGUGCAAAUUUCCGCUUACCUCGACAACGUCUUCGACGUACAUGCAUUAGUUGAAGACAGCGAAACGAAGACGGCCGCCAUCGAGAAGGUGGCGGAACUCGAAGACGAACUGGGCCAAGCUCACGAUAGGCUUCAGGUGUUCGAACACGAAGCGCUUUCGAAGAUUGGAGAGCUCGAAACGGAGCUCGUCCAGGUGAGGCAGGAACGGGAGGAACUCAUGGAGCAUCGAAGGCAGCGCGAUGAGGAAGUCACGACACUCCGGAGAGUUGUACAGCAGCAUCAGCAGGAAUCUAAGAAUAGGCAGUCGCUGCUGGAAAAUAAAAUCAUGGAAUUGGAAACGAUAACGAAGAGUCUACCGAGAGGUUCGACGAUCGCCGGUUUAUCAGAUCUGCUGUUGCAAAAUACGCCUCCGAGUUCGUCGAGCUCCACAUCUACAACUACGCCUAGUACACCUGUGAUACCUCCACCGCCGCCUCCGGCAGCUCCGGUAGCUCCACCGCCUCCUCCUUGUCCUCCCCCGCCGCCAAUGAAGCAGUCAGCACCUUCCGGACCACCUCCUCCACCAGCCCCUGGCUUUAUGCCUGCACCGGACGGCGCCAUGACAAUCAAACGGAAAGUUCAAACCAAACACAAACUUCCUACAAUCAACUGGAUUGCGCUGAAACCAACCCAGGUGAGGGGAACUAUCUUUAACGACCUGGACGACGACAGGCUGCACAAGACAAUCGAUUUCAUUGAAUUCGAGGAACGCUUCAAGAUUCGCAAUGCCGGCGCUUUAACAAACGGCGCAAGCGAGCCGGAUGGACUUAACACGAUGCCUAGCAAAAGGUUUAAGAAACCGGAAAACGUUACGCUUCUGGAACACACCAGAUUAAGGAAUAUAGCAAUUUCCCGAAGAAAACUCGACAUGCCCGUUGAAAAAGUGGUGAACGCCAUCAACUUGUUGGACCUGAAACAACUAUCGCUGGAGAACGUUGAGCUGUUGCAGCGGAUGGUGCCGAGCGAACAAGAAGUGAAAGCUUACAAAGAUUUCAAUGCCGAGAAAAAGAGCCCCAGUCUGCUUACGGAGGAGGACAGGUUCCUUAUGCAACUCGCCAAAGUCGAAAGAAUCUCAUCGAAAUUAUCGAUUAUGAGUUACAUGGGCAACUUUUACGACAACAUUCAUUUAAUCACACCUCAAACGAACGCAAUCAUUUCCGCGUCGAAUUCCGUGAAGAACUCGAGAAAACUCCGAUUGGUGCUUGAAGUGAUCCUGGCUUUCGGAAACUACUUGAAUAGCAGUAAACGCGGCCCCGCGUACGGCUUCAAAUUGCAAUCCCUCGACUCUCUUCUGGACACAAAAUCGAGCGACAAGAAGAUGUCUCUGUUGCACUACAUCGUCGCGACCAUAAGACAGAAAUUCCCUGACUUGAUGAACUUUGAUUCGGAACUCACGUUCAUAGAGAAAGCUGCAGUUGUUUCUCUUGAAAAUAUAAUGACGGACGUUCAGGAGCUGGACAAAAACAUGGAUACAGUUCGGAAGGAGGCUGAUCUUCGUGGAAAAAUAAACUCGACGAUCCUCAGGGAUUUCUUGCAGAACUCCGAAGAUAAGUUGAGGAAGCUGAGGAACGAUUCGAAAUCCGCACAAGACGCGUUCCGGGAAUGCGUCGAAUUCUUCGCAGAGUCCCCGAGGACAACGGACGCGAACAGCUUCUUCUCGCUGCUAGUUAGAUUUGUGAAGGCAUUCAAGCAUGCAGAUCAGGAAAACGAAACUAGGAAGAGACUGGAAAUGGCUGCGUUGAGUACAUGCAAAGGGAACAACGUUGUGGUGGAGAGGAAUAAGAUAAACCAGAAGAAGCAACAGGUAAAAAAGGACGCUGUGAUAAACGAAUUGAAACACAAAGCGAGAUUAGUGCAUGAGAAAAAAUUACUUCUACAGGAUGAAGUGUAUAACGGUGCUUUAGAAGAUAUUUUGUUAGGUUUGAAAAACGAGCCCUACCGAAGGGCGGACGCAGUGAGACGAAGCCAGAGGCGGCGCAUAGAUUAUAACAGGCUCUCUAAAACGAUGGAAGAAAUAGAUUUGUGAUUUGGAGGACGAGACAAACCCCCCCUUCACCUAUUAUAAUGUAAAAACGAAAGACGUGUAGGAAACCAAAAUUAGCUUUAAGAAUUCGGAUGAGAUAAUAUUAAAGAAGGAAAUCGGUGCAUAUUUUUUUUAAUAUUAUUUUAUGAAUCUAUUAAGGUUGAAUGGCAAAUCUAUAUCAUUAUUAUUAUAAUUAAUAUUUUUCAAGGCGCCUUAAACUCUUUUUAGAUGGGCUGUUAAAACAAACAUAUAUAAAAAGAAUAGAAAAAAGAAAAACAAUGCUUUAGCUGUGAUAGAUUUGUA